AUUUGUGUUACACGAAUGCGACACACCUAACAAAAACAUUAACAGGUCGUAGAGCUGCAAACAAGUGCAGACUACAGGCUACAACUCCCUAAAAGUGACUCAUUAACAUUAAUAAUCACCAAUUGCAUGCGUUUACAGACGAAUUAAGAAUCUCAAAAUCUCCAAGUGUGAUUGUUUAACACAAGCAAAAGAAGAAGUAAACAGUCAUGAAUUAUGGAAAGAAGUCACCGACUGGUACACCAUCAGUGUACUCCCAUGUCACUACCAGAUCAAGUGCUAACCUGAGAAGUGGACCCAGUAUUAAGUCCCUCAGGACACCAUGGUACCAGAAACCUAUUGUAUCCACUGUGGCGUUCAUGGAUGUACAAAGGGCUGCGUUUUAUAUGGGAUUCUUUUCACUUGGUCUAGCAAUAUUCACCGCAGUAACAGCGUGUUUCGACCUCUACUGCUACUCAAUGGCCGCCCCUGGCUCAACACACUACGGCUACUACGUCCUCUCCUACCAAUUCGUCUAUGUUGGUAACCGCCAUGUACGCAACGCAUUAGUAAUGUUCGCCGUCUUCUCCCUACUGCUCUCCCUAGCCGUAUUCGUCACCUCAAUAAUGGUAAUAAUCGCCGUACGCAAAGAACACGAGAAACGCAUCGUGCCAUGGCUGUACGUCUUCGGCGUAUAUACCGUAUUCAGACUGCUGGCGUAUUUAUUCUUCGCGAUUGUCAACGACUUGACGUUCGCGUAUAAUAUUCUGGUCGUCAUCUUCUGGACGCUGUUAGUCGUCUGUAUCUACGGAUGGAUCAUUGUGUACUCGUUUUAUGUGGAGCUGAAGGAUCUGACCAAGUUGGAGGACUUGGCUCAUCUUAGAAUGGGCACCAUGCAGUCCCUGAACGCUUCGACUCUCCCGUCUCUAGCGGGCUCACGCCCGACGACGCCACACAGCACCGUCUCGACGAUGCCUGUCAGCUGAGCACGGCGACCACCACCUACCACACCACCCCGCAGGACGCCGCCGCCGGCCCCUCGCGCUCCAUCUCCUUCUUCACCGACACCGACCUGAGCAUCGCCACCACCUCCACCAUGCCCAUCGAACAAGUGGUCUACGAGCGGUACUUGGGCAACAUUUAAACCCCAACCACUUUUAUUAAACUAAUCAAAUUAAACGCACAAUCAAUCGAAUUAUAAUCAAAACAAUCAAAUAUGCCUUAACAUAUCUCUUUUGAGAGUUGACUUUUGAAGGAUUGAAAGAUUUAAAGAUUUAUUAAUUAGUACAAUAACUCGUAAUAUUAAAUUAGGCAUAUCUAAGGCAUAGUCUAUUGUAGUUGUUCCGUCCACUAGAGUUUAUACCGUGUUCAUUUUUGUGCACAAAUCGUAAAUGUUGAAUUUGUAUUUGUUAAUAUAAUAAAUUUUCCGUCCACGCGAAUAAGUUUAACAUCUCAACGAAUUUUUAUACAAUUUUUAUAUAUCUAUAGAUAUGUAAUGUUUAAUUAUUGUGCACAACACAAGCGAUAUGCAUGUUUUUGUAACUUGUAAGUUGGUAUAUCAAGUAAAUGUUAUCGCCAAGCGAAAAAAUAUGA